AUGUGACAAGAAGCAGAUCUCCAGGCUGGAGCUGAAGCCCUGGGCUGCCCCAGGCACCCUCGCCUUGCUACCCCGGCCAGAGGGGAUGAAGAUAUAUCUGCUUCUAAUGUGGCUGUAAUUACCAUGCUCUUCCAUACCAAAAUAUCUUUUGAGCUACAAUUUCUAUCAAAGCAGAAGAAAUAGAGGUGAAUUAUAAAGUGAACUAUAAAGCUGGUUUCCUCUCUACUCUGCAAUCUAGGAGAAGAACUUUCUCCUAAGGACAAAUCAGGUGCUGUUUUCAACCCUAAACUUUCAGCCAAGAAUGAAACUAUUUGGAAGUUAAGAUGACAACAGAUCACGAAGAGCCCUGUGGUCCUAGUCACAGGUCAUUCUGCUUGAAUGGAGGACUUUGUUAUGUGAUACCUACUAUUCCCAGCCCGUUUUGUAGAUGCAUUGAAAAUUAUACAGGAGCUCGUUGUGAAGAGAUUUUUCUCCCAAGCUCCAGUAUCCAAACUAAAAGUGACCUGUUCACAGCUUUCGUGGCAUUGACUGUUCUUCUAGGAACUCUUAUCCUUGGAGCCCUCUACUUCCUCUGCAGGAAGGGCCAUCUUCAGAGGGCCAGUUCGGUCCAGUAUGAUAUCAACUUGGUAGAGACAAGCAGUACCAGUGUCCACCACGGAACUACAAUGGCCACCUGUCAAGCACUUCCCAUUCACACGCCACAGGCAGAGUACAGGUCUGAAAAACCAGGAGAGGCCACAGCAGAGAAGAGUGACAACUGCUAAGGACACGCACAACAACUCAUACCCCAUCUAAAAAUGAGGAGAUAAUCAGGGAUCACCAGAUAUUUGAAGAAACUAGCAAUCUGAAAGAAAGGCACCAAGUUAAACAAGCAGAAGUGCCCUGAAGCAUGAUCAAUGAAAGCAAUAAAACAAUU